CUACCCCGCUCACCUCGGCGGUGGCCACCACCGCCACCACCUCUUCUCACCGCCGUGGCCACCACCACCCUGACCCUGCUGGCCACCGUGGCCACCGCCUGCCCGUCCGUUUGCCGCUGCUCGGGCGGCCGCGUUUACUGCAACGACCGCGGGCUGACGGCGGUACCCGAGGGGCUCCCGCCCGGGGCCACCACGCUKUUCCUACAAAACAACCGCAUCGGCGACGCGGGGAUCCCGGCUCGCCUGGGCCGGCUACCGGCGCUGCGGGUGCUUUACCUGUACGCCAACGCUCUGGAGCAGCUCCCCGCUCACCUUCCKCCGGCGCUGCGGGAGCUGCACCUUCAGGAGAACAACGUGCGCGGUUUGUGCCGCCGGGCUCUGGCCAGAGCGCCGCUUCUCGAACGCCUUCACCUGGAUGAUAACUCGGUGUCGGCGGCCGGCAUCGAGGAGGACGCGUUCGCCGAGAAUCGCCGGUUGCGGCUUUUGUUUUUAUCCCGYAACCACCUGAGCAGCGUCCCCGCGGGGCUGCCGCCGGCGCUGGAGGAGCUGCGCUUGGACGAUAACCGCAUCCACACCAUCCCGCUGCGAGCUUUCGAGGGGCUGCCGGCGCUGCGGCGCCUGGUGCUGGACGGGAACCUUCUGGCGAACCAACGCAUGGCAGACGACACCUUCAGCCGUUUGGGCAACCUCAGCGAGCUYUCGCUGGGUCGAAACGCGCUGGCGGCGCCGCCGGCGAAUUUGCCCCGAGCGCGGCUGCGGCGGCUGUCGCUGGCCGCCAACGCCAUCAGCCACGUUCCGGCCGGAGCUUUGGCCAGGAUGAGGGCGUUGGAACGGCUGGACCUGUCGGACAACAACCUGACCACGCUGCCCAGAGGGCUCUUCGACGAUCUGGGCAGCCUGAGCCACCUGGGGCUGCGGAACAACCCUUGGUUCUGCGGUUGUAACCUGGCCUGGCUGCGGGACUGGCUGCGCCGCCGCGCCCCGCCGCGCUUGGAGGUGCGGGGGUUGCUGUGCCAGGCGCCGGCGAGGCUGAGGGGGCUGCCGGUGGGCGAGCUGCGGGCUGAGAUGGACGCCUGCGAGACCCCCGCCGGGGGAGGGGGCGGUGGUGGUGGCGGUGGUGGUGCUGCUGCGGGUGCGGGGACGGUCCCCGGUGUGGCCGCCGUGUCGCCGGCGGCGUCGAACGGAGCGGCGGGCGCUUCUUCUCCGGGAGGCGCCGCCGCCGCCGCGCCGGGGUUGUGGGUUCAAGCAGCUCCCGGUGGAGCGCUGAGGGUGCGGUGGCCACCGGCUCCUCCCGGGGCGUCGCUGAGGUUGAGUUGGCUCCGUCCCGGCGGUGGAGCGGUGACCGAAACGUUGGUGCGGGGAGAACGGGGRGAGUACGUGGUGCGGGCGCUGCAGCCCCGAGCCCCGUACCGGGUGUGCCUGGCGGCGCUGGAGCCCCCCGCCGCUCCCCCGCUCUGCGCUCAGGCUCGGGCGGGUGCCGGGGACCCCCAGCCCGGUUCUCCCGGUGCCCCAACCGGG